ACUCCUCCUUCGCCCCGGGGGCCUCCUUCCCGGCCAGACGGCGGGCACGACGGCUGAGUGUGCAGCGUCCUCGAGCCCGCGAGCCAGCGAGCCAGCAGAUCCUCUGCGCCCGCAGGGACUCCAGCCCACGCCAUGGCGGAUUCCGAGCGUCUCUCGGCCCCCGGCUGCUGGGCCGCCUGCACCAGCUACUCGCGCACCCGCAAGGGAAUUCUCCUGUUUGCCGAGAUUAUAUUGUGCCUGGUGAUUCUGAUUUGCUUCAGUGCCUCCACAUCAUGGUUCUCCUCUCUGUCUGUGAUUGAGAUGAUCCUUGCCGCUGUCUACUUUGUCAUCUACAUGUGUGGCCUGCACACCAAGGCAUCAUUCAUCAACUGGCCCUGGAGUGAUUUCUUCCGAACUCUCAUAGCAUCGAUCCUCUACCUGAUCACCUCCAUUUUUGUCCUUGUUGAAGGCAGAAGCAACUCCAAAAUCACUGCAGGGGUACUGGGACUGAUAGCUACGUGCCUCUUUGGCUAUGAUGCCUACUUCACCUUCCCUCUUCGGCAACAAAGACAUACAGCAACCCCCACUGACCCUACAGAUGGCCCGGUGUAGGUGAACUCCCUCAUUUUUCUCUGCAAUUUGAAAAUAACUCCUCUUGGGAAACACUUCUUCCCACUCCCACAACACUCCCAGCCAACCAACUUCUAGCCCCCUGUUGAGGUAACAGUGCCUUUUCUGGAAGAAUUUUUUCUUCCAGACUGCCAAUCAAUCCUCCUGGGUAUGGUCACCUUUAUGGUAUGCCUAGGUCCCCUUCCCUUUUGCAGUAUUCAGUUUUGCCUGGACCAUACUCCCACCUAAACCACAAAAUAAGGGAAGUGGGUGCCUAGGAUUUCAGAGUGUACACUCCACCUGCUGACCCACUCCAAAUAACCUCCUCAUUGUGUGUGGGGGCGGUUCUGUGGGGAGAGAAAUAAAUAAUAAACAUUGUUAAAAUCUA